AAACUCUGCAGCGCUUUUUGGUUUUGGCUUUAGGCACUCCAGCAGCCUUCUUCACGUUUAGGAUUAUACUAAAAAACUUUCUGAGCUUAAAGAAGGGGGAAAAGGAAUUUUAAAAAGAAGAAAGGAAGAAUUAACUGCUUAUGCUGCGGUUGGAAACAGAUUUCAGCAGAUGCAAUUUUGGGGACAACUUGACAGCUGAUAUAUAUAUAUUUUUUUAUUUCUUUCUUUUUGCUAAGGAGUCUGUUUUUGCCCAAGAAGAAUUGCUCAUCUGUGGAAAGUUGAGGCGUACUGGAGUGAUGCGAUGAUGAUGCGAUCCGUCUCUGAUUCACACACGACACCGACACUGAACCGGAGCAUGAAACCCAGCGAAACAAUGACCGGGUCGAGCUUACUCGCUCUGUUUCUCACGACAGUGAUGCGCCUCGGCUCCGCGGAGCUGCUGUCAGGGUUACAUUUCAUGGAGAGCCCUAAGAACGUGACCUCCUCUCUUGGGAAGCCAGUGGCUGUCCAGUGUGUCCUGCGAGCGGACGGCGAGGGCCAGGGGCCCCUGGAUGUGCUCUGGCUGAAGGAGGGACAGCUGCUGGACUUUGCCGACACCAACCAGAUGCAGUUCCUCGAAGAUGAGAAUGGCUGGCUGGUUAUUAGUGAACUCAAGAUAGAGGAGGUACAGCUCUCGGAUAUGGGCGCCUAUCAGUGUGCGGUUUCCUCUGGUGAAGAGGAGCUUUUAUCCAUUGAGGGAUACAUUGAACUCGAAGGUCUCCCUCAGUUCUCGGUAGAGCCGCAGCAUUUGUCAGUCGUGGCUAACGAAGAGCUGAGUCUGCACUGUGUGGCUCAUGGUCCUCCUGAUCCGGUGCGGGUCAUCUGGCUUCAGGACGGGGCUCCUCUCAAUAACCUGGGUGACCCGAUAUCCCUGUCGCCCUCAACCCUCAACAUCUCAGGGUUACAUUUCAUGGAGAGCCCUAAGAACGUGACCUCCUCUCUUGGGAAGCCAGUGGCUGUCCAGUGUGUCCUGCGAGCGGACGGCGAGGGCCAGGGGCCCCUGGAUGUGCUCUGGCUGAAGGAGGGACAGCUGCUGGACUUUGCCGACACCAACCAGAUGCAGUUCCUCGAAGAUGAGAAUGGCUGGCUGGUUAUUAGUGAACUCAAGAUAGAGGAGGUACAGCUCUCGGAUAUGGGCGCCUAUCAGUGUGCGGUUUCCUCUGGUGAAGAGGAGCUUUUAUCCAUUGAGGGAUACAUUGAACUCGAAGGUCUCCCUCAGUUCUCGGUAGAGCCGCAGCAUUUGUCAGUCGUGGCUAACGAAGAGCUGAGUCUGCACUGUGUGGCUCAUGGUCCUCCUGAUCCCGUGCAGGUCAUCUGGCUUCAGGACGGGGCUCCUCUCAAUAACCUGGGUGACCCGAUAUCCCUGUCGCCCUCAACCCUCAACAUCUCAGGUUUGAAUAAAACCAGCUCUUUCUCCUGUGAAGCGCACAAUCGUAAAGGCGUGGCGUCGUCUGGCACAGGAGUUGUGACCGUUCUUCCUUCUCAGCCCCAUGACAUUAAAGCUGAAGAAAUCACGAAAUCAAGUAUCCGUCUGUCUUGGCACAUGGGCUUUGGAGGAAUUUAUCCCAUCAGCCACUGCAUUGUUCAGGUUAAAGCUUCUGGUGAAGACUCUGAUGAGUUCAUCUCCAGUCAGACGGUCAGCACGCCCGUCACCAGCCGUCUGAUCUCAGCUCUGGAGGCCUUCAGCCGCUAUGAUCUCAGACUGGCCUGCCGGAGCAGCGAGGGCGUCUCCAACUGGACGGGCUGGAUGAGCGUCAGCACCAGUGAAGGAGUUCCGGAUUCGGCCCCAGACAAUGUGACGGUUGUGGUGAACGGAACAGAAGUGCUCCUGAGAUGGUCAGAACCUCCUGGAAAGAUCAACGGACGGCUGCAGGGAUACAUGAUGGAGUACAGCGCACCUAAUAUGGAACAGGUUGUUGUGGACACAGGUUUGGACACAGAGCUGUUUGUCAAUCUCUCAGCCCCCCUGUCAAAUGUUUCCUUCAGAGUGUGUGCCUACACCGGAGCGGGACAGGGGCCCUGGACGCCCCUCCAAACCAUCACGCUCAUUCCUGCAGAAACGGGGCAAUCCAGAGGUAUCUUGAGUGCUCCGGCGUUCUCCUGGCACUGGUGGUAUGUGGUCAUGGCCAUCACCGCCGCCAUCGCUCUAGCGGUGCUCUUGGCCGUGUAUGUGACCAGGCUGAGGCGGAAGGAGACACGUUUUGGUGAGGCGUUUGAACCCAUGAUGGAGAGCGGUGAGCUCGUCGUUCGAUACCGAGCUCGUCGAACGUACAGCCGACGCACAACAGAAGCCACACUAAACUCUCUGGGGAUCAGCGAUGAGCUCAAGCAAAAGCUACAGGACGUGAUGGUGGACAGACACAAGCUAACGCUGGGAAAAACACUCGGGGAAGGUGAGUUCGGCUCGGUCAUGGAGGGUUCGCUCACUCAGGAGGACUCUGUGCUCAAAGUGGCAGUGAAGACCAUGAAAAUCGCCAUCUGCACUCGCACUGAAAUGGAAGAUUUCCUGAGAGAGGCGGCGUGCAUGAAGGAGUUCGAUCAUCAGAACGUCAUGCGGCUUCUAGGUGUGUGUCUGCAGACAGUGGAGAGUGAAGGCUAUCCAUCUCCUGUGGUCAUUCUGCCCUACAUGAAGCACGGCGACCUCCACAGCUACCUGCUGUAUUCCAGACUCGGAGACGCACCUGUGUAUCUGCCCUCUCAGAUGCUGGUGAAGUUCAUGACGGAUAUCGCCAGAGGAAUGGAGUACCUGAGUGGAAAAAAAUUCAUCCACAGAGACCUGGCAGCUCGAAACUGCAUGUUAAAUGAGAACAUGAAUGUAUGUGUGGCGGACUUUGGCUUGUCUAAGAAGAUCUAUAAUGGAGACUACUACAGACAAGGGCGCAUCUCUAAGAUGCCUGUCAAGUGGAUCGCCAUCGAGAGUCUGGCGGACAGAGUGUACACCACUAAGAGUGACGUGUGGUCAUUUGGAGUGACAAUGUGGGAGAUCGCGACUCGAGGUCAGACACCGUACCCUGGAGUGGAAAACAGUGAAAUCUAUGAUUAUCUGAGGCAGGGCAACCGUCUGAAACAGCCUCCAGACUGCCUGGACAGUAUGUAA